AUGUUUUUAACGUUACGUGUGCGCGGCCCGAGCCUUGCAGUCUCCUCUUCUGAGCAUAGACGUCGAGUGGCGCGAGCUUUUGCUAGCAGUGCUGCCGAGGAGGUCAAGAAAGCGCACCAAUUGGAAAUUAAUCGCUGCACGUACGCAACUGACAAUUGGACUAAUGUGACACCCAAGAUACUCUCAUACCUAGGCGCUAACAAGCAUCUACAAAAUGAUCAUCCGCUCUCGAUAAUGCGACAGCGAAUUGUAAACUAUUUUUACGGGGCAUAUCGUAAUCAGCGUGGAAAUCCGUUGUUCUCCGUCUACGACAAACUAAAUCCUGUGGUUACGGUGCAGCAGAAUUUUGACAAUCUGCUAAUACCCCGGGAUCAUGUAAGUCGACAGAAAUCGGACUGCUACUACAUUAAUCAGCAGCACCUGCUGCGGGCACAUACGACGGCUCAUCAAGUGGAACUAAUAUCGGGCGGGUUAGAUAAUUUUUUGGUCGUGGGAGAGGUUUACCGUCGUGAUGAAAUUGACUGCACGCACUAUCCUGUGUUUCAUCAGUUGGACGCUGUGCGUCUGGUUACCAAAGACAAACUGUUCGAGCGCAAUCCCGGGUUAGAGUUAUUUGAGGAGACGUGGACUGGGAAGUUGGCAGAUCCGCGCAAUAUUUUGCCAUCUGCCAAGUGCAUGGAUCAAACAAAACAGCCAUGCCACACGCUGGAGGCAGUUAAGUUAAUGGAGCAUGAAAUGAAGCAUGUGCUUGUUGGCCUGACCAAGGAGUUGUUUGGGCCUCGAAUUAGGUACCGUUGGGUCGACACCUACUUUCCGUUCACACAGCCUUCUUGGGAGCUGGAAAUCUAUUUUAAAGACAAUUGGCUGGAGGUCCUAGGCUGUGGAAUAAUGCGACAUGAAAUUCUGCAGCAGGCGGGCGUACAUCAAUCAAUUGGCUACGCCUUUGGGGUCGGCUUGGAGCGUCUGGCUAUGGUUUUGUUUGAUAUACCGGAUAUUAGGCUGUUUUGGUCUAAUGACAGUGGUUUCUUGUCCCAGUUCAGCGAGAAAGAUUUGCACAAUUUGCCAAAGUACAAGCCAGUCUCGCACUAUCCACAGUGCACAAACGAUUUAUCGUUUUGGUUGCCACCAGAUGUGGAAGUAGAUGCGGGUUUCUCGGCCAAUGAUUUCUACGAUUUGGUACGAUCAGUUGCUGGAGAUAUUGUUGAGCAGAUAAGUUUGGUGGACAAAUUCAAGCAUCCAAAAACGGGAAAGUCAAGUGUGUGCUUCCGUAUCGUAUAUCGUCAUAUGGAGCGGACUUUGACGCAGGUGGAGGUCAACAAUAUACACAAACAAAUAGCUGAUGCCAGCGUGGAAAACUUCAAUGUGCAAAUACGUUAGCUUUAAUUUAGUAAAAUUAAUGUGAUUCCAAAUAAAGUCAAAUUCUCAACAUA